AUGACAUUCCUUCGCCCCAUCCUCGCUCUUCUCGCCGCCACUGCCCUUGUAACCACGUCCGCCCAAGUGGACGGCGGAUACUCGAAGAAGGAAGUCACCCCAGAGGACAUGGAGCUGCUCCAGAAGGCGCAGAGCAAUGUGAGCGCAUACAAUAGCGACGUCACCUCGCGCAUCUGCUACCUGAAGGUCGACAGUCUCGAGACUCAAGUCGUCUCGGGUGAGAACUACAAGUUCCACGUUUCUGGUUGCAGUGUCAACUCGGACAACGAGCUGGGUGGCUGUGCCAACCAGAAUUGCGAGUCGUCCAAGUACGACAUCGUCAUCUACUCGCAGUCUUGGACCAACACGCUGGAGGUGACGUCGAUUACCCCAGUUAAGUAG